AUACGUAUCUGCUGCCAUAUGAGUAUGCCAAAUAAUGCUAGUGUUUUCAGUGGACCAGGAAAAAAAACCUCGCUAAAUAAAAAAAAAGUUGCUACCCCAGAUUUUCGAGUCCUGUCGGGAACUUUUUUUUGCUUGUGGCAUUCCUUACUCUUAAUCUCAAAGCAUUUGCGAGCCUUUUCUCGUCUUUCUUAUUGGCCAAAAUUUUUAACAAAUAACUUCUAGUUAUUAAUAUUGUUAUCAAUCGGUGUAUCAAAAGCAAAUACACGGAACCAUUGAAGAUAUGCCGAAACGAAGCAGUACUCAAGCAGCGGGGUCGCCAGCUGGAAUGGAGAAGAAAGCCAAUGAUGUGGUCAUGACGAAUGGCAAGGCCGGCGAGGCGGAAAAGGGAGAAUCUCUUUCUCCUCCAGAAGCUUCUCAAAAUGAGGUAUUUUUGGCAGCACCUCACACUUAUCAUGAUAGCAUUUUGGAAAAUAGCUAAACUCUUUCAUCAGAAUGAAACCCAUGUGUCAAUCGAUGCCGAGAAGGCUACCGGUAGCAACAAACGUAAACGCGACUUCAAGGCCGAACGCGAAGCUAAAAGACAAAAAAAGGAAGCAAAGCUGGAACCCAAGAGAGCUGCUGCUGCGAUCCUAGAAGCAGAAGAGGCAAUUGCAAGAGAGAAGAAGGCUGCGGAAAAGGCAGAGGCAAAGAGAGUCAGAGAAGCAGAGAUGAAUAUAUUGAAGGAACAAAAGAUGGAAGAGAAAGCAAAGAAACACGAGGAAAAUUUGAGGCAGCAGGCAGAGGAUAAACAGAGAAGGGCGGAAGAAAAGAAGAGGGAUAUAGAAGCGAAGAAGAGAGAUGCAGAGCAGAAGAGAAAGGAUAGGGAGAGGAUUCAGGCGUUAGAGAAGCAGGUUAGAGAUUUGAAAAGAGGACAUGGGAACGCAAACGGGAAAGGAAAAGGUGCAAAGAAGAGUUGGGAUAAGAAGCCAAAGGGGCCAAAGACUUCGGAAUUUUUUGGAGAGGGGUUGAAGGCUCAAGUUAUUGGUUUGGAAGAUGAAUUGAAGGAAGAGGUUGCUGAUUUGGGAGAAGAGGCAGAAGAGGAGAGUAGCAAGAAAGUCAAGUCGAAGCGCAGCUGGAAAGAUCUUAAGAAGGGAAACGUGGCGCCUACGGGUCUGGAAGCAAAGAUUGCUGCUGCAAGAGCAUCCGUAGCUCAGGCUGGGGUAACUGUAGAUGCUGAUGUGCCUAUGGAGGAUGCGGUCGAACAAGAUGAUAUCGUGGAGCACAAUGAGCCCGAGGAGGAAGCUGAAGCGAGUGCCAGUGUGCCAGACGUUGUUUCGUAUCCUGCGAUUGAUCAUUUAAUUGAAGAUAGCCCCGAACUCGCUGUCGAGUCUGAGGCUCCAGCGCAAUCAAAGGAUCAGGGAGUGGAGGUUCCGGAAGAAGCUUCGGAAGAGACGGCAGGAGAAGAGCAAGCCGACUCAGAAAUCCCCGUAGAAGAUUCCAAGGGACAAGAAGAGGAGGUAGUGUCGACUGAUGAUGCCUCGUCUACUGGUCAAGAAGAUAAAACAGAACAAGAUGGUCCUAAGGAGGAUGCUGCGCCGGCGGUGGAUGAGGAAAUAGAACUUGACAAACCCAAGGAGGAAGCAGAGGCCGAAGCAAGUGCGAAGAAGCGCUCCCGAAAAAGGGUUAGGAACAAUAACCGUCUAGAGGCUGAAGAAACACCAGCAAAGCCUACAACACCUGCUUCAUCUAAGAGCCAAAAGACCAAGACGCCAACAGCCACGCCUCUUACAUCAAAGAACCAGAAUAUCAAAACACCAUCAAAAUCACCUGCACAGACAAAGGCGACGAAUGCAAAGAACGGAAAGGCUCCAGUCAAAGCAACAAUUGAGGCUCAGACUGUCUCUAAAUCUCCAAAGGCCAGACGUGUUAGAGUACCGAAAGCUAGAGCUGCCGCUCUUGCCUCGGCACCUGGACUCGAUUCUCCGGCUAGGAAUACCAGAAGAUCAGCAAAAGCCAACCACUCGUAGAAGGGCCAGAGUCUACGAGUGGUAGUCAACUUCUGGAUAUUAGUUUGAGUCACCAUAGCGGCGACAUGGUUGAAAACACGGAUGAUAAGUCGGAAGGGGGAGACAGAACUUCUAGGACCAAUGAUGAUGAUGAGGACGUUUACGAAUCCAUCACCUGCGCAUCCCAGUCAAAUUCUAACUCUGAUUUUGAAACGCAUUCGAAUACGCUACAAUCAUUUGACAAUAUGGAACUACCUAUCCAAGGACAGACAGAUGCCCUUAGUGUCAAUAUUGACGAGAGUGACUCCUCGGCAUUAUCUGAACUAAGCAUGACCGAUCAUCCUUUUCUAGCCUUGGAUAGCAGCGAAUUUGAUACGAUUGAAGUUGAUAUUCCUAGUUUUCUGAGAUCCG